AUGGCCUUCAGCCGUGCAUGGAGACUCCGCGUCUUGCCGUCGUAUCCCAGCACGAUGGCAAGCUAUGGUAGCUUACCAUUCAAUGGCAGCAGCCAGUCAUCCAGUCGUAGCUACCGUGUUGGUAGGGCCAGAAAUCGACUUUCAGCUGUCUGGGUUCCUACCGGAGGAAUGACACCUGAGCGAGGCGAAGAAAGCGCGCAUGAAAAGCUUGUUCGCGCCGGUUUCUUGCGACAGUCACACUCCGGCAUUUUCCAUCUACUUCCGCUUGGCCAGCGCGUUCAAAACAAGCUGGAGGGCGUCAUUGACUACUACAUGCAAGAACUUGGAGCCUCGAGAGUUGCUCUAUCAACCAUUACCUCCAAGGAUCUAUGGCAGAGGAGUGGCCGCCUCACACAACUAGAAGCUGAGCUAUUCGGCUUUGAGGACCGCAAAGGGUCCAAAUAUAUGUUGUCGCCCACUCACGAGGAAGAGAUUACUACUCUAGUGGCUAAGACCGUCAAGUCCUACAAAGAAUUGCCCCUUCGCCUCUAUCAAAUCACGCGCAAAUUCCGCGACGAACUGCGCCCGCGCCACGGGCUGCUGAGGACCCGCGAAUUCACCAUGAAGGACCUCUACACCUUCGACGUCUCUGCAGAAUCGGCCUUGGAGACCUACCAAAAGGUUCAGUUAGCAUACACUGGCGUUUUCAAAGCCUUGAAGUUGCCGGUGAUGGUGGCCAAAGCCAGCUCCGGUGAUAUGGGAGGCGAUCUCAGCCAUGAAUAUCACUUGCCCACCUCAAUUGGCGAAGACACUGUGGUCACAUGCAAUAACUGUAACUAUGCUGCUAACGCAGAAAUCGCAGAAUCACGGGCAGCCACCGUGGAUAUCCGAGGGUCUGGCGGUCUGGCCGAAGCUGUGAGUCCGGCAUCUGUUUCAACAAGGGUUUGGCGGGGUAUCAGUAAGGACCGCAAGACCUUGGUGAAUGCCUGGUACCCAGGUCGAUCCCAGAACGGAUCUGACCGAGACACCGAUAUCAGAAUUCCUGCCAUCAAGUCAAUUGUCACUGAUCUGGACGCAAGCACUGAAGAUGCCGUGUCUUUAUGGCAGACAACUAUUACAUCAACGUUCUCUGGCGGGGACGCCGCAGCCACCCGGCCCCGGAUCAUCAACAUUAUAGAUUCCACAUUAAGCAACAGCGUAGAAGAGAUUUUACGAGAUGAGAGCAACGCAUGGCCAAUAUCCGGGUUGGGCAUUCCGAAGGAUACAGUACACUCUACCAUCAUUACAAAAACCCAGGGUGGACAACCGAUCAACCUGCUCGCCGCUCACGCUGGCGACAAAUGUCCCUGCUGCGAUAGUGGCGCCCUGCAGGUCCAAAAGGCUCUGGAGCUGGGGCAUACGUUCUACCUAGGAACGCGAUACUCGGAGCCACUCGAGGCAAUGGUAUCCAUACCGACUCGUGCAAUAUCAAGUCGGCACGAGGUCCAGCCAGCCCCGACUGAGCGCAAGACGCCCAUGCAGAUGGGGUGCCACGGGAUUGGCGUCUCCCGACUCAUCGGGGCCGUAGCUGAGCAUCUGAAAGAUACCAAAGGCCUGCAAUGGCCACGCGUCAUCGCUCCCUACGAAGUCGUGGUGAUCUCCACUCCUAACCUAGCUAAAGACGCUAUUAUAGUGUACGAUGAGAUUGCGGCGUCGUCCAGGGCCCCAGGAGGCAUUGACUUGGUGUUGGAUGACAGGGCGGUGUCUUUCGCUUGGAAAUUGAAUGAUGCAGACCUAGUGGGAUACCCAGUCCUAGUCAUACUAGGCAAAGUAUGGAAGGAAAGAGGUGACUGUGAAGUCCAGUGCCGCAGACUCGGGAUCAAGGAGAUGGUCCCGCUCAGAGAACUGCACCAGCGUGUGGCAGACUUGCUUGAGCAACUCUAG